CCAACCCCUUCACCUCCAUCAAACGCGACAUCGGACGGCAGUACACACUGCUCCCGUUUGCGCGCAUCUGCUAUUUCUUGAUCGCUAGCGUGUUGGUAUUGAGCUCUAGCUGUGGACUGUUACCAGGCGAAUCGUCUGCCAGUUGCGCAAUGUCGACAAUUGCGUCCGCACUGCCUUACGUCAACGGCACAGGGGUGCUAUCCGCAGAGGCUCGUCGCGAGGCCGACUUCUUAAAGCAGAUCCUGCAGAUACGCGAUGAUGUGUUUGCUAGCAAACACCCGCGUAUCCAUCUGCCACCCAAAGUAAUUGAACAGGUUGCACCACGUCCGCCGCAGACCACACCGCCGAGCAGGCCCUCGAUCAACGGCCUUACAAAUGGCACCAGCGCCGCACAAUCGUUCCCGCCGCGCCCAGACGGCUCGUUACAGCAGACCACGCAAGCAUCCGAGUUUGUCCCCCCCGCCCAGCAUAUACAGCGGCCCUACUCUGCAAAGUCUGCGUCUUCAGGCAUCGACCCGGUGCUGCUUACCAAGUCUGACCACUUGAUCAGGGCAGAGUUGCAACUCAAGCGACAGCAAAUAGAACGGCUCUUAAAAGAUCAGUUCGAUAAAAAGGGUCGCGGCAAUGACAACGAGGAGCGCGAGGCCCACUUCAAUGUGGAGGAAUGCUUGAUGCAAGCUCAUCUUCGCGUGCCGCCUAUUUCUGGCUUGCUGCCCACGACUAACAACAGUGAUGGCGCUGAGUCUUUUGACGAGAACUCUUACUACUCUAGCAAGGCAGACAGCUGGUCUUCGGAAGAUGUUGAUGUCAACCAAACCUCUAAUGCUGAUGCUACAGGGUCACAUGUCUCGCUUGGAAAACAGCCUGUCAAGGCCACUCGUGUUGAGCCUACUGUAAUCGAUCUUGACGAGGAAACGUACGAGCCUGCCGAUGAUAUUGAAAUCUAUGAGCCAGAGCAAGUUGAUCUUGUGGAUGAUGCAGACGAAGAGGACUACUCGCCGCCUCCGGCUGAUGUUGGCCCUAGUGAGCCCACCAGGGGCCGCGCACGCGACCGUAGGUCUGGCGGGCAUGGUGCAAACGGGUCUCGCCGCAACAGCCCAUCAGGCGCAGCACCGCCACUUCAGAACCCACGCAAACGGAGGAGAGAGGAAAAGCGUCAAGAGAAGAGACGCGAGCAACAAGCCAACAAGCGUGUCGUUCGUUCUCCUGAGCCGUACAUUAAGGAAGAACCUCAGUCACCUCCUCCCUUCGCAGAAGCACAGCCAAGCAAGCGCCGUGCUCUCCAACCCAUUCCCAAUGACGCCGAGGCAAUGUCUCCACGCGCACCGGUCUAUUAUCGCGAAUACGACGAGCCGGCAUCACCGACCGUAAUACACACACCGCAGAGAAGACCCCAACAUCAAGAGCAGGAUCUGAGACGAGUGGCAAGCCUACAGUAUGCUCGACGUCCAUACUCGCCGGGCGGGAGCGGUGGCGAAGUAUAUGCAGCACCGCCAGAGUAUCGUCCUGUUCGCGCUGCCUCGCACGCAUUCACCGACCGGCCAGAAGUGCCCGUUUUUCGAGAACCCUCCUCCCGCGCCUCGAUGGCACCCCGAUACGUCCGCGAGCGUUCUCGCUCGCCAAUCUACGAACCUAUGCAUCCUCCUCGCCGCAUUGUUGUAGACCAAUAUGGCAACAAGUACUACGCAGCACCCGUCGACGCGAGGGAGUCAGCAGCGCCACCAAGCAGACGUCUAGAAGUUGACCCUUACUACGAGCGCGCUGUGACACGCGAGCCUACGAUGCGGGCACCUGCCCGGCCUGAAAUCUAUGAAGAUGAGCUCGGACAGCGAAUGCCCCCACCGCCUCCGCGAAGAUACAUGGAAGCAGCAGAGCCUGAGCUUAUUGAAACUCGCCCCUACCGGCAGCGAGAACCAUCGCGCCGUCCUGUUGAAGUUGAGUAUCGACCUCAAGAGGUAAUUGAGCGUCGGCCGGUGCCGCAGUAUGAAGACAUGGGACCACCACAAUUCAUGUCGUCCCGUGCAUACAGUGUCCGCCCGGAGGUUGUACGAAGAGAAAUACCAGAGGGCUAUGUCCGCCAUGAGAGCAUGCAGCCUGGUGCCAUGCGCGCAUCAGCUCAGCCGCGCUUUCGUGAGGUAAGCCUCGCACAACAGGAGCCCUCGGAACGAUUCGCAAUGGCUCCCCCUCAAAGCCGGCGGUAUGUUGAAGAAGAGAUUGCGCCCGAGUCAUACUCUGCUGCGCCCCGGCAUGUGAGCUAUCGCUAUUGAGUGUUGGUAUAGACAGUGUAAUUUUACGACCGUUGUUGUUGUAGUGUGUAACUACAACUAUGGAGUGCGCUGCGCCUCUACGAAAUGCAUGAGUAAACAUACAUUAAUGUCAUCUGGUGAAUGUCACUCUCCAUCCAGGAUGCCGAUGCCGAUGAAUGGAGCUGUGUUGCACGGAUCAGGUGACUUGCAUCUAGACUGCAGCUAGCUCAUAGUGUCCCUCAUCGGCUUGGCCACGCUGAACAUCAUUGC